UGCUGGGGCCAGGAGCAGGAGACACUUUGCUGGGCUGUCACUGUGGAAGGAACAUGCCGCCCCAGGAGAAGACCAUGGAUUAUUUGUCACACUUUGCCCCCCCUGUGCCCCCCCACAUGCCCAAGCCUGUGCCCCCCCCUGGCUGCCUGGAGAGGGAGCUGAAAUGUGUGCUGCUGGGGGAUGGGGCAGUGGGUAAAACCAGCCUCCUGGUCAGCUACACCACCAAUGGGUACCCCACCAAGUACAUACCUACCGCCUUUGAUGACUUCUCAGCUCAAGUGAAAGUUGGAAAAAUUCCCGUGAAGUUGCAGCUGUGUGACACGGCCGGCCAGGAUGAGUUUGACAAAUUGCGACACUUUUGCUACCCGAAGACGGAUGUUCUGAUCCUGUGUUUCAGCGUUGUAAGUCCGUCCUCUUUCCAGAACAUUUCAGAAAAGUGGAUCUCUGAAAUCCGGGGCCACUGUCCUCACGUGCCCCUUGUGUUGGUGGGGACACAGUGUGACCUCAGGGAAGACGUCAAAGUUCUGAUUCAGCUGUCUCGCUAUCGGGAGAAGCCUGUACCUCCUUCUUCCGCGCAGGCCUUGGCAGAAAAGAUUGGCGCUGUGGCUUAUGUGGAAUGCUCUGCUUUGACUCAGAAGAACCUUAAAGAGGUCUUUGACACGGCCAUCGUUUCUGGGCUCCGAUAUUCCGAAUUGCGUCUCCAGCGAGAGAGAAAAAUGGCUUGCACGGCCAACAAAAUGAAGACUCUUUCUAAGGGUUGGUGGAAAAAGUAUGUGUGCAUUUGACAGAGAGACAUGUUUGCAUAUACCAUGAUGUGUAGUAUGCCUCACAUGAUGUGGGGUCAUGACGCAUGGCCAAGGAACAUACUCAACAAAUCCAUGUCUCAUUGGAAAGCUAAAAGUAUCCACUAAAUAUUGAACUUUUCUGGACCAAAGUGUGCUUUGCGUACAUUUACUAUGAGAUUUAACUUGACGUGACUGCACCCGAGAUUUUGAUUGGGACUUUGGAAGCUCCAAUCACAGGGAGCCCAGUCGAUGUAAACAUGCCAUUGAUUGCUGGCCAGGAAGUCUUCCAGGGCUUCACAUGGAAAAUUAACUAUUAUUUGCACCUGCAUGUUCGCUGGAUGGGGUAUCACUGGGUCCCCCAGCAAGGUGGGAUAUUAUGAGCAAAAAAUGCAUUCAAAAGGGGUAAACUUGAUUUGCUGCCUGUUUUGGGGCAUCUUGAACUUUUCUACAGCUUCUGUUUUAAGGAGCGUGUGCGAUAAUUUGAAAACCAAAAUAUUCCAAGGGAACCUGUCUCUUUAAGGUGAUGGCAUGUGGGUAUAUCCAGACGCUGAAUCCGUGGUGUUAAAACCACAGGUUUUAAUAUAAUCUUUCCUUUGACCUGAUUCACUCUGUGCCUUAAUAAGCUCACAUGGGCGCCUCUAUAUGUGGGGUGGCCCUCUAGCCAUUGUGGACCUGGUUCCUGAUUUAUGUGUCGGUAAUUGAUGCUUUAUAAGUAUGUUUUACAGCACGUCUCUGACUUAAUGUGAUUCUGUUCAGGCAAUAAAAUUCUUUAAAAUACAAA